GCUGCUAUAUAAUUCUAUAUAAAUUAUAGAAUUAUUUCAAAAUUCUGGAAAAAAUCUAUAAUUCGUAUAUACGUAGUAUUUUAAUUUGAGCAAAAUUCUUUUUAAUUACUUCAAAAUAUAUUAAAGCUAUGAUGGAUGUAGAUAAGAGUCUAGAUGAGAUAAUAGCUGAAAAUAGGAAGCGUGAACGAAAGGAACGCUAUAAACGCCAACGUUUGGAUAGACGUAGAUAUUGGAAGGAUAACAACAACAACAAUAAUCGCGUCAGAUGCAUUCUUCAAGAGACGGUUACCGAAUAUCCACUGGUUCUGGUUUAUAAUCUUGACAGAUCAGUAGGAGACGUUGAUCUGGAAGCAGUUUUCGUAAACUCUUUUAACAUUAUUAGUAUCAACAUUCAUUAUGACUGCAAUGGAGACUCCUUAGGUAUGGCGCACGUCAUGUUUAGGAACAAACUGGAUGCUCUGCAAGGUAUCAAGAUGUUGAAAGGUAUUCGUGGUCCUAUUAGAAAACGCGCUGCUAAUAGGUUUGGAAAAAGACGCUUUACUCCAUAUCCAUAUCCAUAUCGCUGCAUUGAUGACUAUUAUGUCUAGAAUAUUAUAUUCUGAUAAUAUAGUAUGCAUUUCAU